CGUACAGUAGGGUGAGAGUGAAACAGUGUUGACAUGUCUCGUCGAGUGUGCGCGAGGACUUGCUGAAGGGUCCCUGGGCAUACGAAAUGCCGGGUUCACGCAACUCGGCAACAGCGGUACCAGGGUGCCACUUACGAGCGCAAAAUGGCUCUGGAAUGAAGAUCAGGGUCCGCGCCUCGUGUCCGCUCAUUGUUAAAGAGCGUGCUGCUGUCCGUCCGACGCACCGGCUCCGCAUCUAAUCAGAUCCGCUGUUACUCACUGAACAUUGGUCUUCAACAUGGCAUCGAACAAUCCACUCAAUGUGUACUCUGGUCCUGACGCGCUCAAGAAGUUCUUCGACCCCGAUUGCCAGCCGCCGAUUCCUCUAGUUGAGAUCCCCGCUUCUCUGAAUCCGUACCAUGGGGACGGUGUCCGGAUCUACGCGAAGAUGAUGUCGAUGCAUCCUGCGAACAAUGUGAAGAUCCUUCCAGCAAUGAACAUGCUUGCAUCUGGCGUCCAACCGGAGAAGACCAAGACAGUGGUAGAGUACAGUUCCGGCUCUACGGUAAUCUCAUUAGCUAUGGCGUCUCGGAUCUACCACGGUAUCCAGGAUGUUCGAGCUUUCUUGAGCAACAAGACGACGGCGUCCAAGUUGCGGUUGAUGCAGUUCUUCGGUCUAGACAUAACAUUGUUCGGAGGCCCUUCGCAACCCGAACCGCUGGACGAAAGAGGUGGUAUCCAGCAAGCGCGGAGUCUAGCACAGCAGGAUGAGCAAUAUUUGAAUGCGAAUCAGUACGAGAACAACGGGAACUGGCAAGCGCACAUGCGAUGGACGGGCCCCCAGAUCCUCAAGCAGCUACCGGAUAUCAACGUAGUCUGCGCCGGGCUGGGUACAUCGGGAACAAUGACUGGUAUUGGGACGUACUUCAAGACGGCUAAGCCCUCAGUGGUUAGGAUAGGAGUCUGCACAGCUGCGGGAGAUAGAGUACCGGGGCCCAGAUCCUACGCUCUUCUCCGACCAGUCGAAUUCCCCUGGCGGGAUGCUGUCGAUACCAUCGAGGAAGUAGGCUCUAUUGAUUCCUUCUCGUUGUCGUUACAGUUAUGCCGCGAAGGCCUGGUCUGUGGCCCUUCGUCAGGCUUCAAUUUGAAAGGACUUCUCAAUUACUUGGAAAAGCAAAAGGCGGCCGGAACACUAUCCGACAUAAGCGGUCCUGAUGGAUUGAUCAAAUGCGCUUUCGUGUGUUGCGACCUGCCCUACCAGUAUAUUGACGAGUAUUUCGGAAAGCUCGGCGAAGCCGCUUUCCAUCCCAUACAUAACCAGAACUUGACGACCGUGGAUUUGUAUCGCUACGACGAAGCAUGGGAGCUCGACCCAGCCAGAGCCGCAUCGGAGUUCUUCGACGGGAUGACUCCGAAGCAAGGAACUGUUCUUCUCGAUCUGCGAAAACCGGAAGACUUUGCAUCCGACCAUGUUCCGCAUUCAUACAAUCUCCCUUUGCCGAGUCUGAGCGCAACCACUUCGAGCCCAUUCUUCGAGCCUGCGGUCUUGGAGAGUCAGUGGAAGGAGCUGGAAGAUAUGUUCGCAAAAGAGAAAGUCGACUCGUAUGGGCUCGUUGGCAAGAACGUAUGCGUCACCUGCUAUGAUGGGGACACCGCACGCGUUGCUACUAGUGUUUUGCGGGCAAAGGGAAUAACAGCCAGCAGCGUCGAAGGGGGUUUCGCUGGACUGGCUUCGCAGCUUUUUAUAGACGAUGCAACAUGA